UGUCGACAGUCCCCUUGAUGAAAAGAGAUAGUAAUAGUGGACUGAGUUUUCUUCAUAAAAAAAUUAGAGUUGAUUCUUAUCGACAUUUUUAGAUAAUCUAUUGGAUUUUAAAUCAAUUUGUGCUGAUUACCUUACAAUAUAGGAUAGUAUAAACGUGAUUUGAUCCUUAUAUUAGAUAUUUCAUUUCCUCUUCAGUUUAUUUCAUUUUGAUUUCGUCACAAACAACUUUAUCAGAACCUUUGGAAAACUUAACAAUUUUUAAGAGAAAAAAAAAAGAAAUUAAAAAUGGCAAAUAAUCAACGCGGUGGUGGAAUCCAACGUCCAAAUGGAGCAACACAAAAUAAAAUUUGCCAAUUUAAAUUGGUGCUUUUGGGUGAAUCGGCAGUCGGAAAAUCAUCACUAGUGCUAAGGUUUGUGAAGGGUCAAUUUCAUGAAUAUCAAGAGAGUACUAUUGGCGCCGCAUUUUUAACUCAAACUGUGCAUAUUGAAGAAACAGCUGUCAAGUUUGAAAUAUGGGAUACUGCGGGACAAGAGAGAUAUCACAGUUUAGCACCAAUGUACUAUCGUGGAGCGCAGGCUGCUAUUGUAGUUUAUGACAUACAAAACCAGGACAGUUUUGUUCGUGCUCAGACGUGGGUUAAGGAACUCCAAAGACAGGCAUCGCCCAAUAUUGUUAUUGCUUUGGCCGGCAACAAGGCUGAUUUAGCAGCAAGUCGAGCAGUUGACUAUGAGGAAGCAAAACAAUACGCUGACGAAAACGGUUUACUUUUCAUGGAAACAUCUGCAAAGACAGCAGUUAAUGUGAAUGAGAUAUUUUUAGCAAUAGCGAAAAAACUACCCAAGAAUGAGGGAACUGGGCCACAACAAAAUAUACGUCCGAGCGGUAACGAAACGAAUAGAACAUCAGGGAACUGUUGCAGCAAGUGAUGUUCUGGCACUGAAGGUGACUUAUUAUUUUAUUUUUAAUGCACAGCUAAAAAGGUUUAUGAGAGAUAUAAAAUUUUAAAAAUAAUAAGAACUUACUCAAUAAUACAAAGUUCACACUGAUCUUAAUAAUUCCUCAAUUUAUAUUAUUUUUUCAUCUGUGUAAUUAUCAGAGGCAUAGCCAGAAAUUCGAAGGGAUGAGAGGAGGAAUUUUAUAAUUUUUUCAUAAAAAAUCUCAAAAAAAUAAAAUUUCUGUUGAC